AUGCUCUCGAAGUCACCACCACGCGUGAUGGCCGGACAGUAUGAGAGGGCGAGUGGGGCAGAGCGUAUCCAGGUGGCAGAGUACAUGGCCACUUACGACUUUGCGCCGACAGACUACGCACACGACGUCACAUCGGCGCUGGAGGUCGUACAGACAGCACUUGGCCCAGACGACCUGGAAGGCGUUCUGAACGCCACUGAGGAUGAGGUGAAGGCCAUGUACGGGUCGGAGAGCUAUCAUGUUGGCGACGAGGAGGAGUGCGGCGGGGUGCACGACCACCUCCGCGGUGGCAUAGAUAUAAGCACAAACAUGCAGAUUUGGUAA